AUGAUCGACGAGACGAAGGUGGCCGCGACCUACAGCAAGAUCUGCUCCGUGCUCUACGAGAUCUCCGCGUCCAAGCCUCUGCCCAAGGUCAAGGACGCGUCCACGCUCUACCUGUCGAAGGCGAUCUCGAGGCUCAGCAAGGACGACGUCCCGAUCUCGAACGCGGAGACGUGGCAUACUAUGAGCAGAACCCAGGAGGGGAAGGACAUCAUGUCCGUGCUCUCGACCAUGAUCGUGGUGUCGAAGAUGGUGCCGGAGGCGAUGGUGCACCCGAUAUCGUAG